CUGAUUGGUGCAGAAAAAACACAAUCAAGUCGUCAACAGUCAAGUCGUUGUAAUAAUACACGUUAUAAUAGUACGUUCGUAAAUAAUAUUAAUAAUGAAUGUUACAGAAAAACAAAAAGAAGUAAUGUUAAAUUUUAUGAAUGAACAUCCAGAUUUUGGUCGGGGCCUAAGAUAUAAAAGUGAAAAUAAGCGAAAAAUGGAUGAAUUGUGGGAGAAAUUAGCCAAAAUAUUAAAUGCAGUUGGAUUUGGAUCAUGUAAAUCUUCUAAAGAAUGGGCUAAGACAUGGAGAGAUUGGAAAUCCAACACAUUGAAGAAAGCUGCAAAACAGAAGUCACAUAUGUUGGGAACAAGUGGUGGACCACCUCUUAAAAAUUUUCAAUUGACAUCUAUGGAAAAUGCUUUUUGA